AUGAAGUAAACUACUCUUCAAAGAUUCUUAACUUCUUCUUAGAAAAAGAAUGAUACAAGCAGCUUAAAUGUUAAUAAGACCUCAAAUUCUAAUACUGUAUUCGAAGAAAAAAAGGUAGACAUCUAAUACAUUAAGCCUUCAACUUCAAUCACAAAAGAAGAAGUUUAGGCUAUUAAAGAUAAAUUACUUGAAAAAGCACAAGAAAGGCCAUAAUAAUUCAGUAGGUUGAAAAGGAAUAAUGUAGUAGAAAGUGAUGAAGAAUAAGAAAAAAAAAAUGAAUUUUUAGAUGAGUUCAAAAUUGAAAAAUUUUCUUUUGUAUGCUCUUAAGAAAAGAAUAAAGAGAGGAAAUCUUUAGCCGUGUUUGUUAAAUAAGACAUUCCAAAAAAUAAUAUUAAAUCCUAGUAGAAGUAAAAAAAGUCAGAAUAUGAUAAAUCAGGCAAAAUGAAAAAAUAAUCUGUAAAAUUAGAAGAAGAGGAACCUGAUGAUUUUUAAGAAAAUAAGCAAGGAAACCUAGAUUUCAAGCUUCCAACAGAUAAAAUUAAUGUGCAUGAAGAAUUUGAUGAUGUGACCCCUCAAUGGGCAACUAUUGGUUCAUCAAGAGAUAAAAGUGGUAAAUUACACGGGACUUCAGAUGCAGAUCCAACUACCCUCUUUAUUCCUUAAAAUGAAUUCAAUAAAUUAACCAAAUGUAUGCAAUAAUUUUGGAAGUAUAAGAGUGAGAACUUCGAUAAGAUCAUAUUUUUUAAAUUAGGAAAAUUUUAUGAAUUAUUUUAUGAAGAUGCUUACAUUGGAAAUAAGUAUUUAGAUUUAAAUUGGAUGGGACGAAAGAUGCAUACAGGAUUCCCAGAAAAAGCUGUCCACAAAUAUAAGGCUCUGUUAUUGGAGUAUGGAUACAAGGUUGUAAUAGUAGAUUAAACAGAAACUCCAGAAUAGAUGAAUCAAAGAGUGGCUUAAAAUAAGAAAGCUGGAGUGGGGAAUACUGAUAAAAUAGUUCAAAGAUCAGUAAGUGAGAUCUUGACAAAAGGAACAUAUUUGUAUGAGGAGGGAGAAUCAUAAAUGAAUCUAGAUGAAAAGGUUUUACUAGUGAUAAGAAAGAAAAUCUUAUCAAACACAAUAGAGGAAUAUGGAAUGGCUAUUUUGGAAAGAUAAACAAAUACAAUAUCACUUGCAUUUAUUGAAAAUCGAGAUAAAAACUAUGAAUCUCUUAAGACAUUAUUAUUGCAUAUGAGGCCAGUGGAAACAGUUAUUGAUUCUAAUAAUCUACCUUCAUUUGAUCCAAUAACUAAAAUGAUAUCGGGAUCUGUUAUCAAAAGUGUUAUUUCCCAUAUAACAGCCUCAAAAGAUAAUUGGGAUGAAAAGAAGGCUCUAUUUAGAUUAGAAUAAUAUUAUUAAAAUGGACUUCCUGCAGCGAUUAAGUUUUAUAAAAAUAACUAAGUUGUUCUUUAGGCUUUGAAUGGAUUGUUUACUUACUUGAAUUAGAUCUUAAUUUUAGAUCGAGUCUUGGGAUGUGCCUAAUUCAAAUUAUAUGAUGAAGAAUUUUCACUUCAACAAUGUAUGAUUCUAGAUAGUUAAGCAAUUUAUCAUUUAGAGAUUCUGCAAACUACUAAUUAAGUAGAUAAAAAAGAUUUCUCUUUGUUUGGUGUCUUAAACAAAACUGUUACUCCUGGUGGACAUCGAUUACUGAGAAGGUGGGUUUGUGCACCCCUUUAUUAAAUUGAUCAAAUUAGAGAGAGAUAAACCAUGGUUUGCGAUAUAAGCAACUUUAGAAAAGAAAGAGAUCUAUUUAGAUAGAGUAUUAAGUAAUUUCCAGAUUUUGAAAGAAGAUGCAGUAGAAUAUACGAAUAUUCAAUUAAAACUGAAAGUAAAGCAGUAUUCUAUGAAAACCUUUCUGAACAACGACUAAAAGAAUUUAAGAAUCUUACUAAAAGUUUGAGAUUGGCAUAACAAGAAAUAGCAUUAUUUGGUCAAUAUAAAAUAAAUUUCAGAAGUGAGAGAUUAAGAAAUAUGAUGACUUAUGAAGCAGAUGGAGGCUUACUACCAAAUGUUAAAGAGUAAUUAGAUGAAUUCGAAUAAUAUAUUAUAUGGGAAAAGGAAAAAGAUAAAGAAGUUCCUAAACCAGUUACAGGAGUCUUAGAGAGCUAUGAUUAAUCAGUUGCUGAGGUUGAGUUAGUAGAAUAAAAGCUUGAUAGUUAUCUCUAACAAAUAAAAAGAAAACUGUUUAAGAAUAAUAGUAACAUCUAAUAUGCACACGCCAAGUUCAGAUAUGAAAUUGAAAUUCCAGAUGAGUUAGUUUAAAAGUCAAAACCUGAAGAUUUUGAAUUCACUUCUUCAAGAUAGGGAUAUAAGAGAUAUUUAACUUAAGAAAUUAAGGAUUUAGUUACCGAAUUAGAACAAGCUGAAGAAACUAAAAAGUAAUAGCUCACUGCAUUUGGUAAUUUCAUAUUCAAGCAUUUUCAUUCUAAUUAGCAUGUUUGGGAUUCUCUUAUAAAGAUAUUAAACGAAUUGGAUGCUUUAUGUUCCUUAAGUGUAUAUGGAGAUACAUCAGAAGGAAAAAUGACAGUGCCAAAAUUUACUACUGAUAAAAUUAAAUUAGUUAUCAAAGAAGGAAAACAUCCUUGUUUGACCAACAUCAAUUUUGUUUCAAAUUCAAUUGAUAUGGGGGAAAAGCUUACUAAAUUUUAAUUAUUGACCGGUCCCAAUAUGGGAGGCAAAAGCACUACUUUGAGAAUGGUUUGCAUACUCGCAGUUUUAGCAUAAAUUGGAUGUUCAGUUCCAUGCGAAGAAAUGGAACUCUCUCCUAUCGAUAGAAUAUUUACAAGGAUAGGAGCUAAAGAUUAUUUAAUGGAAGGAAAAUCAACUUUUUAUGUUGAGUUAGAAGAAACAUUAAUACCAUUAAAAUAUGGAACCAAAAAUUCUUUAUUUAUCACUGAUGAAUUAGGAAGAGGCACUUCUACAUAUGAUGGAGUUGCUAUUGCCUCUGCUGUUAUGCAUUAUCUUAUUAAGACUAUUUAAUGUAGAGUGCUAUUUGCAACUCAUUUUAGGAUUUUAAUCGAGGAAGCCAAACUAAUUAGCGAAGUGACUAAUGUUCAUAUGGCUUGUUAUAUUUCAAAUGGAAAAGUCAUUUUUCUUUAUAGAUUAAAGGAAGGAGCAUGUGAAGCUUCUUUUGGAAUAAAUGUUGCGAAAGUUGUGGGAAUUGAAGAUUCAAUAAUAAUGAAGGCUGAAGAAAUGGCGAAUUUUUUUGAAAAUAAAGUGCAAAAGAACACAGAACAAACUCUACAAAAAUUUAAUUAAAUUAUAAAUGAAUAUGGGAUUAUUUAAGGAUAUUGAUAUUAUUUUUUAUUAAAAUAAAUUAUUAUAACUUGAUCUAAUUCGA